GCGGCGCGGUGACGUAAAGGGUCCGCGGGCUUUGACGGCGCCGCUCGAGAUGGAGCUGUUGGUGAGGAGUGGGCGCCGCCGGCUCCAGGCCCUAACUGUACCCCCAGGCUCCAGCGGCCUUCACCUCAAGCGGCGGUGCUGCGAGGACCAGGGUUUACCCAUUGACGAUACUUACCUGACAUAUAAUGGGAAACUGGUCAGUGAAAAUGGGGAGCUACAUUGUGGAGGGAUUUACAGUCUGGAAACUAGACUCUGCGGAGGGAAAGGAGGGUUUGGGUCAAUGCUUCGUGCUCUCGGAGCACAGAUCGAAAAAACCACAAACCGGGAGGCUUGUCGUGAUUUAAGUGGAAGACGACUCCGUGAUGUCAACCAUGAAAAAGCUAUGGCUGAAUGGAUAAAGAAGCAGGCAGAACGGGAAGCAGAAAAGGAACAAAAGCGCCUGGAGAGGCUGCAACGCAAACUUGCUGAGCCGAAGCACUAUUUCACUGACCCGCAGUACGAGCAACAGCUGGACGAGAUAUCUGAGCGCCUGGAGGACUCUGUGAUUAAAGGUUUACAAGCAUCGUCAUCCGAUGUUGUAUCAGCUGAGGGUGGAGCUCUUCGAAAGCGACCACAUUCUGCUUCAAAGAGAGAGGCGAAGGGAGGCAAGAGGAAAUGCCUUUGGAUGGGAUUGGAAGACUUGGACGAUUCUGGGAAUUCUGAUGAGGAGCAAACAGGAGACAGCAGCUCCACAGAUGAAUCGUCGUCCAGCUCCGGGAGCUGUGUGGAGCCAGGCGGGCUGGACAACGGGACCAGGGAUGACACAAAAGAGUGUGCUGGCCCUAGCGGGAGCUCGUGGCUGCCAGCGGGGGAAGAGGAGAAAGAGGACCCAGCAGCACAACCAGAACCAAGUGGCAAAGGACAAGCAGAAGCCUCGUGUUCACAGACCGGAAACCAACUUGAAACUAGAGAGCACAUUAAAGAAAGUCCAGAAAGAAGCGAGAGUAACGAGAAGGAAGAUGCACAAGAAAAUGCCAACUCGCCAAAGAGCUCAGAGCCAGAACCAUUGGACUGGAGAACGCUGGACUCUGCCGGGGAAGUUGAAAGCCUAGGUCUGGAGAGGUUGAAGACUGAGCUGAUGGGGCUGGGGUUAAAGUGUGGAGGCACCUUACAGGAACGUGCAGAAAGGCUCUUCUCUGUACGAGGAAUGUCCAAGGACGAAAUCGACCCAACGCUUUUUGCCAAAGCAGCCAGAGGCAAGAAGCCAAGAUGAGAGAGGCAGAGAGAGAUGAGACUUGGACAUAUAACAGUGUUUAAAGAUCCUCAAAUCUUUCCCCCUUUGAUUUAAUUCAUGGUUUAAAGGAGGAAAAAUCAUCUUUCUGAUUUGUUAUUCUCAAAAUCUUCUCUGAAGGGCAACCUCGCUGCCGUUUAGAAGUCUCGGGUGUCAGAAACGUCUCUUUUUUAAAAGUAAAAACUGUCCUCUGCCAGGCGGUGGUAGGCUCUGCUAUUAUUAGUGACGGGGUUUCGGUGAGCUCUGUAACACAGAUCAGGAAGCUAAGUAAGUCAGAGCCUCUCUCCAAAGUGUCCCCUGUCCCUCGACUUUUUAUGAAUAAAAACUUUUAAACUUUUU